AUGACUGACUUUGAGUUGUUCACAGAGAGGAAGGUGGCCUUUUACACAGCUCUGACUGAUGCAGGACCUGUUGGACCAUUCAACACAGACACCACACUGAAAUACAGCAAAGUCAUCACCAACAUUGGCAAUGCUUACAAUCCAUCUACAGGUUUCUUCACAGCUCCAGUCAGAGGGGUCUACUACUUCCUGUUCACUAUGGGUGGUUCCCGAACAGGUUACAUGGGUGUCAAGGUGUACAAGAACAACCAGAGGAUCAUGUGGAAUCAUGAGUAUAAAACUGGAAAUUGGAAAUACAUGACUAACUCUGUUGUCUUGGAGCUGAUGGCAGGAGAUGAAAUCCACCUCGUUCUCCCAUCAGAAUAUUCUCUCCAUGACGGUGCAAACAACCAGAACACCUUCAGUGGCUCCCUCCUCUUCACACUGUGAGGAUCCUUCAGCUGCUGUCUGACUCCUUAUUGGCUACACUGUGAUUUACUGCAUGUACCAAAUAAUGAGAUUCUGCCUCUGACUUCUCUGUUGUGUCAUCACAUGAAAGCAACAUUGAAAUAAAUCU